AUGCUAAAUCCUCAGCAUACUAACAAUCGAAGUCCAUCUUUGGAUCACCCUGUACACGACCUCCGAGAUGGAAGUUCCAUAGGCUCAGCAACCGAAAGACGCAGUAUAUUGAAUGCUGGGGUCUCUGCGCCAGGUCUGACUCCACGAAGUGAAGCGGCAAGAUCUCGUGGAGCCAGCCCAAGUGAUCGGCAAAAGUCGAGAGAAUACGUACAAUCGAUUAUUGCCCACUCACGAAGAUAUACCGCAAAUUCCUUGUACCCAGGACAGAAUUACCUGGGUCUGGCCGCAUGGCUUCAAGAGGAGACGCACGAGAAGUCGAUCCUCAACGACAGACACAAGGUAGCAGUUCUUCAUUGCUUGACCGCUGAUGGACCAACCCAGAUCCAACAUUAUGCACAUCAGGACCUGGAACGUUUCUCGACGCAGAUGAGGUCAGAGAACAAAAUCAACAAAAUCCUCUUCUUGCGAGGGUAUGCUAGCCCUGACUGGAUUAGCAUGAUCGGUGGAAUCUGCCGAAUAGAUCCCGAGUAUUUCAAUCGUCACCUUGCUUUCAUGACAACUUUUGUCUAUCGAAAUACUUUCUCAAAACCGUCUUUGUCGUCUACCUGCAGAAACAUCAUCACCCUCCGAAUAAAUACUAUCCUAGACGGCUACUCGCAGCGCGAUGCAUUUAAGAAUCUUGCGGCAAGACGAAUAUCCGAAGCCGCAGACUUGAAUACCUAUUCUCGGUUAUACCAGCGGACCGCUAGCUAUGGCGAUUCGAUUGUCAAGGGCUUCUAUACGUUGGACGAACAAUACUCCAUCCUUGAACAGGAGAUCUCUGUAUGUGUUCGUGAAAGCAAACAGGGUUGGCUCGCUUUGGUUUGGUUAGACGUCGGAAGAGAUCUUACACUUGGGCCGAAAGGACCGUGGCUGUCACAUCAUGUCCUAAGCGGCAGUGCCAACUCCCUCCCUGUCAUACAACAUCAUGUCUCAAUGGUAACAAAGCAAACAUACACCGAACGUGCCAACACUUCCAUAGACAGUUUUGGCAUUUCGACGUUGAGCGAUUCUGCGAUACAGCAAAGCACAAUGCUCCUCCCAUUCGAUUUCAACUCACUCGCUGACAGUGAAACUGCCAAGCAAGAUGUAUUCUACGCCUUAAAUACAGUAUUCCAGCACGCCGCUUUUUCACACGUUCAGCUCAUCAACCUAAUGGAGUAUCAAAUCGACAAAGAAAUGGGUAUUCUGGCUCGCGAGCGCGACCGAAGCCACUCCCUAGACAACCUCCAAUAUUUCCGCUCAAUUCUUGACAGGUAUGUUCGCCAGAUAAGAGACGUGAUAUGCGCAACCAAAUCACAAGGACGUGGGGGAUGGCCGUCAGCGAGCGAUACAAAAGGCCAAAGCAAAUGUUCUUUGACGGUGGACCGACUUUUGGAGGACUACGAUGGCUUGCUAUUGAGGGCUCUGGGACUUUGUGAGCGUUGCACAGAGGGUAUGGGUAUCAUGAUGAACCGGGCCGUUGUAGCUGAGUCCAAGAAGGCUAUUGACCAAGCCGAAAGACUGAAAAAGCUUACACUGCUGGCAUCAUUUUUUAUUCCACUGUCUUUCAUAACGUCCCUUUUCGGCGCGAACUUCUCCGAGUUUGCACCGGGGAAUUACCUAUCAAUAUGGUCCUUCUUUGCUGCAUCCGUACCUGUGCUGUUACUAACCUACUGCUUUUACCUCUGGGACGUCGGAGCAUGGUUUGUAUGGUUGAGAGAAUUGGCUCGAGUUCGUGUUCGAAGGUGA